CCCUCCUCCCCCCGCCCAGGUUACGGCCACGCCGCGCCCAGCACGGACGGGGGGAAGGUGUUCUGCAUGGUGUACGCGCUGCUCGGCAUCCCCCUCACCCUCGUCAUGUUCCAGAGCCUGGGCGAGCGCAUCAACACCUUCGUCAAGUACCUCCUGCACCGCGCCAAGAGGUGCCUGGGCAUGAGGCGGCCCGAGGUCUCCAUGGCCAACAUGGUCACCAUCGGCUUCUUCUCCUGCAUCAGCACCCUCUGCGUGGGCGCCGCCGCCUUCUCGCACUACGAGCGCUGGAGCUUCUUCCACGCCUACUACUACUGCUUCAUCACCCUCACCACCAUCGGCUUCGGGGACUACGUGGCGCUGCAGAAGGACCAGGCGCUGCAGAACCAGCCGCAGUACGUGGCCUUCAGCUUCGUCUACAUCCUCACGGGGCUCACGGUCAUCGGCGCCUUCCUCAACCUGGUGGUGCUGCGCUUCAUGACCAUGAACGCCGAGGACGAGCGGCGGGACGCGGAGCAGCGGGCCCUGCUCGCCGCCCGCCCACGCGAGAACCCCACGGCCGCGCCCGCCGCGGGGGCCGCGGCCGGACCCGGGGAGGGGGGAGGGGGAGGAGGAGGAGGGGGAGGAGGAGGAGGGGGGCUGCGGAACGUCUACGCCGAGGUGCUGCACUUCCAGUCCGUGUGCUCGUGCCUGUGGUACAAGAGCCGCGAGAAGCUGCAGUACUCCAUCCCCAUGAUCAUCCCCCGCGACCUGUCCUCCGCCUCGGACGCGGCCGCCGAGCAGGGACACGGACACGGACACGGAGGACACGGCCACGGCCACUCCACGCCCUCGCGCGGCGCGGACACCCCCCCGAAGCGCUGCCUGUGCGGGGCCCGCCGCUCGGCCAUCAGCUCCGUGUCCAGCGGCUUGCACAGCCUGGCCGCGCUGCCGGGGCUCGGCAAGCGCCGCAGCUCCGUCUAG